GUAUCGAUAAGUGUAUCGUUGUUUGUUUUGAGUCAAUUGCAGUUGACAUUUCAUAUAGUGUUUAGAAUAUGCCUACUGUUAGAAAAUCAAACAUUGGCAGAAGCUCCCGCAGUGCACGAAAUUCGGCGAUACAUCGUGCAAAACAAAACCUUAAAAAGCAGGUAACAGAAGCGAAUAAACAGAGUGAUCUCAAGAGGAACGAAUUGGUUUACAUCAAACUUCCACCAGCAAAAUGUACAAUCUGCUAUCAAGGUGCGUCCAACCUCACACCGAUCGAAUGCGGCACUAAUCACGAGCUGUGCGAUCGUUGUUUGCUAGAUUUACUGACGAGGGAUCUGGACAGCGAUGUAGCCGAUUGUACCAGUGAUAUCAAAGAAAGCAUUCUAGAGACUCGUGUUAAGAAAGAACCAACCGAGUUGGAUUAUGGGAGUGAAAACGAUGAUGAUAGCGGGCAUCAUCAUGCGGAUGAUUUCGACACAGAGUUCUCAGCGGGUCCUAGCAAAGUUGAGCUUAUCGAACCGGAACCGGAAGAGACCCCUGUGAAAGUGUCUCAAGAGAGACUACCAUUUGGGUGUAGAUACUGUGGCGAACGUGCCGCGACUAGAAAACGGCUGGGGAGGCAUAUCGCAGCGAAGCAUCCGAAAGAGAAACUGCACCGGUGCCAUAUUUGUAUAAAAUUCUUUAAGGGUGGUGCUAAUUUUAAAGAGCACUUGAGAAGUGUCCAUGAGGGGUUCACCCGUGCGUGUGAGUUUUGUUUGGAAGGAUACCAGCAAGGUGAAAUUACGGCCCAUAGGCAAAUUUGUAAGGGCCGACUUCUGUUCAAAUGUACGAUUUGUGAGCUUGGAUUCGUUCUCAAGGAAAGUUUAUGGAAGCAUUUAGACGGACAUGAGGUACCUGAUGAAAGUAAAGAUAUUUCUUAUCAAGAAACGCGUAUCAAAAAAAAGUUGUUCACUUGUGUGCUUUGUGAUAAUGGCCUAGCUUUCGAGGAAAAAUCCUACUUGAAGCACGUCCAUCACGAUCACGGCGGGUACUACCUAAAAUGCCAAGACUGCGGGAAGACGUUCCGUGAUCGAUCACACUUGGCUGUCCAUACCAGGGAACACUGCAAGGUUGGCGAGAAAGCUCGCAAAUAUACAGCUGAACAUCGCGAACCAGCGAAGGAAGCUGAGUGCCAACAGUGCUCUAAGCGAUUCCCCAGUGCCGCUCGCCUGUAUAGCCAUAUCACCAGGAUCCACAAAGCCCUUCCAGUCGUCUGUGACAUAUGUGGACAUAGUUCACUUAAUCGGAACCGAUUGCAGUAUCAUAAGAUAAAAGCACACACAGAGCCAACAGAAAAAUGUCCUCAGUGUCCUAAGGUGUUCCACCUGGUGGGUGAUCUGAAGCAACAUUUGAUAACUCACGAGACGGAAGGAGAGUUUGUUUGUGCCGAGUGUGGUGAGAUGUUCAAGCGAAAGCUUGGCCUAGACGUUCAUACCCGAUCGCACCAGCAAAAUCCCAACUCCGGACGCAGGGGAAAAAGGGGCGAUGGAUCCGGAAGUUUUCGCUGUGACAGCUGCGAUCGUUCUUUCAAACACAACUAUCUCCUCGUGGCUCAUAAGGAAACUCACAACCCAGAGCGGCAGCAGUUCAGCUGCGAGGAAUGUGGCAAGAAAUUUGCCACCAAGGCCGGUGUCUACUAUCACACGAAACAAAAAUUCGUCCAUCAGCAGAUGGCCUGUACGGUUUGCAAUGUGCUUGUGAAGGGACGGGAGCGGUAUGCGGAACAUCUGCUGUUGCACUCGCAAGGGGUGACGACGUAGUUGAGUUUGGUGAAAAUUACGCAGGUAAAAAAAUCAAAUUCAUUCGUGUUGGCACUCUUAUAA